GUGAGCCAUGAAAAAGAUCUUGGACCAAUCCAAUACUUUCUGUGCAAAUGUUUUGACAGCAUUCAGAGCAUAGAGUUCUCUGCCAGUAGAGAGGUGGUUGGGAUGAGAUCAAGUGAGGGUGAGCAGUUGGAUUUUUUAGCAAAGAUUGGAACUGCUGAUGAACCCCUGGAGAGAUGGCUGGCUGAGACUGAGGCUGAGAUGCAACGCACGAUGAGGGAGAAGUUGCGGACACUUAUUGAGCAACUAAUCCAAACAGAGGGCCUCCUCGUUCCCUUCCUACCAGCAGCUUCAGGAGGGGAAGCUGACUCUGCUAAGGAAGGUGGUCUUACCAUGGAUCCUCCUGGGAUCGUUAAGCUGAAAGUCCAGGAAGCGGAAGGAGGAGCAAAGGCUAGAGACGCUUCUGGAAAAGAAAUGAACCAGAGAGAUGAUAAGGAGUCGAUGAACACGAAGAGUGAGGGACAGAUGAAACAAAUGCCAGCUCAGCUGCAAUACACGAGGCCCAACCAGGCCAUCUUGGUCGCUUCACAAGUUCUCUUUUCGCACAGGGUCGAAAGCAUUCUGGGCUGUUUUAAGAAAGUCAGUGCUCACAGUGACGAUGACGGUGCGUAUGGGGACUGGGAGUGGUUCAGCCUGGGAUUCAGAGGAGGAGGGCUUGGUUCUGGUUCAAGCAGGUUUGAGAAUCUCAAAGCUAACCACCCUCAGAACCUCGCUGUCAUCAUGGAGAACACAAAGACCGGGUUGCAGAAGCUGGGAGACAUGAUGAAUGAUCAAUUGAUGAAGGUGACCGACCUUGUGCGGAAGAAUGUUUCAAGUGAAGAGAUGGAGGGGUGGCGUAGCAUGGCCAUCCUCGGGAUUCAUUUGAGAGACACAAUCCGCCGACUUGUGGUUGACAUGCCCCAAGGUGUUGAUGAUUUUCGAUGGCGACGGUGCAUACGUUAUUACAGGGAGGCUGUGCAUGGCAACUGCACUGUUGAAAUUGCAGAUGCAGGGAGAAUGUAUGGGUACGAGUAUGUCGGAAACAGAAGCAGAUUGGUCAUCACUGGGCUCACAGAGAGGUGCUUUUUGGGACUGCUGACUGCAUUCCAAAUGUCGCUUGGUGGUGCAGUGUGUGGCCCUCCAGGAUCUGGCAAGACAGAAACAUUCAAAGACCUUGCGAAAUCUAUUGGAAAAGCAUGCGUCGUGUUCAACUGUUCGGACUCGCUUGACUUCACAUCUUUCAGCAAUGUUCUUAAGGUAGGAGGACUCCUGCUUUGGUCCUACUGUCUUCCUGUGCCAAUUCUGAUGGCCUGUGCACUCAACUUCCGUCCAGCAACCAUUCCAUUCGUCGGGAAAAAACGAAAAAGAACUUAAGAAGUUAGGUGGGAGAGGGAGGGAAGGUAAUGGGUCGCUACAGCUAACAGGCAGGUUGGGAGCAUAAUUUCCAUUAACUAACAGGGAAGAAUGGGGAGGGCUUGUUUAAUGUGGCUGAAUGUUACACCUCUCAACUGAUGAUAAAAAACGGACCUGAGUUUUUUUUUUUUUUCUUACAAGAAAACAGGGGCUUAUGGUCCCGGCUCCUUUCCAUUCUGGGGAGCAGCAGUCCGGUUCCUAUUCCACCGGCAAGUCAGAAUAAACAUUACAUCAUAGA